UUCGUGAGUGUUGGUAGUUCACGUAAUCCUGUACACUCAUCAUUUUCCUAUUAUUAUUCCUCUGUUAUUUUUAUUAUGCAAGUCGGCAUCGUUAAUUAUACCUUUUCGUACCAUUAACAAAGACAAAAAUUGAAUUUUCCGCCUCUACAAAAAUGUUUUGAUACCGCCAUAAAGAUAAGGCUCUGUUUAUCCAUGGGAGUGGCGGAGCCUCUGAAUUAGGCAUCUUCAGAUUUACCUUGCUCGUUAUCCCUUGUGGCAAGGUUUUGAUUGCUUUGGACCUUUGGUGGCAUCGUUAUUUGUUCCCAGAAUAAGCAAAGAGAAUGGUUUAUUUAUGGAUUCUAUUUACAGGGUUUUCCGAAAGGAAACAUUGAAUUGGUUGGUUUAGAAAAUGCCAUCUGGGCUGCUUUCAAAUCUGAAUACUGCUUUUGGUUUUGGUUUUCAAAGGGCUUUGAGAUUAAAAAGAAUCUCAAUCCCCCCAUUUAAUAGAAUAGCCAUGGCAGCUUCUGGUACCGUAGCUGCCUCAGGAGAUCUUAUUCUCGAUACUUUAGUCUCAGGUUGUGGGAAUGUCUCAGGUUUUGCAAAGCCUAGAGGUGUCUAUUUCAGUGAUAGGAGCGGUAGGAAUUGCCGGAAGGCUAGUGUGAGAAUGAGAAACGGAGGAACUAAUGGCCAUACGGGAGUCCAAUUAAAUUUUAUGUUCGAUCUCACGGAAAGGUCGUGCUUUUCUAAUCCACCUCUUGCAACAUGGUCAAAUGAUUUCCGUACAUUCUCAUCUUCGUAUUAUUCUGAUGGGCCUAUGCCUGAUUUGUCGACUGAUGGAUCUUCGUGCACUGAUGAGCUUAUAAGUCUGGCAAUUUCAGAGGAGAGGGCUUCUGGUGACCGGGUUCUAAAGCUACUUUCCGGAGCAUGUUACCUGCCUCAUCCAGCUAAAGAAGAAACUGGUGGGGAAGAUGCUCAUUUUAUUUGUGUGGAUGAGCAAGUAAUUGGUGUCGCUGAUGGAGUUGGUGGUUGGGCAGAUGUUGGUAUUAAUGCUGGAGAAUAUGCUCGUGAACUCAUGUCCAAUUCUGUGCAAGCAAUUCAAGAUGAAGCUAAUGGUGAUAUAGACCCAUUACGGGUGUUGGAAAAAGCGCAUGCAAAGACUAAAGCCAUGGGUUCCUCAACAGCCUGCAUUAUUGCCCUUAAAAAUCAGGGUCUAAAUGCUAUCAAUCUUGGAGACAGUGGAUUCAUUGUGGUCAGAGAUGGGCAAACGUUCUUUGAAUCACCUGCGCAACAACAUAGUUUCAAUUUCACGUAUCAACUUGAAAAUGACCCUAGGGGUGAUCUACCUAGCUCUGGACAGGUGUUUACAAUUACUGUUGCACCAGGAGAUGUGGUGGUUGCAGGAACUGAUGGCUUGUUUGAUAACUUGUAUAAUAACGAGAUAGCAGCUGUUGUGGCAGAUGCAACCAAAUAUGGCCUUAGCCCAGAUGCUACAGCACAGAAGAUUGCAGCUUUUGCACGCCUACGAGCGUUGGACAGGAAACAGCAAACUCCAUUCUCUACUGCAGCACAAGAAGCUGGAUAUUCUUAUUAUGGCGGUAAACUUGAUGACCUCACCGUUGUUGUCUCUUACGUCUCUGUUUAAAUUAGUGCACGACAAUGUUUAAAUUAAUGCACGACAAUUUUGCACAUAUGGAUAGUCUCUUUAUCUCAAUAUUCCAAUUUCAUUUAAUUUUGUCUCCCAAUACACGUUUUAUGAGUUCCUAUAAAGUACAGUAUCCAUUUGUUUA